UUCACCUCGCUGCUGAUGGAGCGUCUUUCCGUGGACUAUGGCAAGAAGUCCAAGCUGGAGUUCUCCGUGUACCCUGCCCCCCAGGUCUCCACCGCCGUGGUGGAGCCUUACAACUCCAUCCUGACCACACACAGCACCCUGGAGCACUCCGACUGUGCCUUCAUGGUAGACAACGAGGCCAUCUACGACAUUUGCCGUAGAAACCUCGACAUCGAACGCCCCACCUACACCAACCUUAACCGUCUCAUCAGCCAGAUCGUGUCCUCCAUCACAGCCUCGCUCAGGUUUGACGGGGCCCUGAACGUGGACCUGACCGAGUUCCAGACCAACCUGGUGCCCUACCCGCGCAUCCACUUCCCGGUGGCCACCUACGCGCAGGUCAUCUCUGCAGAGAAGGCCUACCACGAGCAGCUGUCGGUGGCAGAGAUCACCAACGCCUGCUUUGACCCUGCCAACCAGAUGGUGAAGUGCGACCCUCGCAGAGGCAAGUACAUGGCCUGCUGCCUGCUCUACCGCGGUGACGUGGUGCCCAAAGAUGUCAACGUCGCCAUCGCAUCGAUCAAGUCCAAAAGGAGCAUCCAGUUCGUAGACUGGUGUCCCACGGGCUUCAAGGUGGGCAUUAACUACCAGCCUCCUACCGUGGUACCUGGUGGAGACCUGGCCCAGGUGCAGCGUGCCGUCUGCCUGCUGAGCAAUACCACGGCUAUCGCGGAGGCCUGGUCUCGCCUGAACCACAAAUUUGACCUGAUGUUUGCCAAGGGUGCCUUCGUCCACUGGUAUGUGGGGGAGGGCAUGGAGGAAGGAGAGUUCACUGAGGCCCAAGAGGACCUGGCAGCACUAGAGAAAGACUACGAGGAGGUUGGUAUGGACUCUGCUGAGGGAGAGGCCGAGGAAGAGGACGAAUACUAA